AUGACAAACAUCGUUCCUCAAUUUGGUGUCGGUACUUUCCGUUUAACAGGACAAACUGUGAUUGACUCGGUCAAAACAGCCUUAGACGUUGGUUAUCGUGCUGUAGACACUGCUCAAAUCUAUGGCAACGAAGCAGAAGUCGGUCAGGCCAUUGCUGAAAGCCAUAUCCAUCGUGAUGAUUUAUUUAUCACAACAAAGAUAUGGACAGAUCAUUAUCAAGCCGACAAACUUAUUCCAAGUCUUAAAGACAGCUUACAGAAACUGGGUACUGAUGCAGUCAACUUAACCUUGAUUCACUGGCCAGCGCCAAGUCUCGGAAUUUCUGUUGCAGAAAUGAUGCAUAACCUAUUAGAAGCGAAAAAGCUGGGUCUAACUGAACAUAUUGGAAUUUCAAACUUCAAUAUCGACUUAUCGCAACAAGCCAUCGCUGCUGUAGGACUUGAAAAUAUUGCCACCAACCAAAUUGAACUUAGCCCUUAUUUGCAAAAUGAUAAGUUGUCACAAAAUAUUGAUGUGACCUCUUAUAUGACCUUGGCGUAUGGCAAAGUUUUAAAUGACCCAACAUUAACUGAAAUUGCCAAACAGCAUCAGGCUUCUAGCGCUCAAAUUGCAUUGGCAUGGGCAUUGCAGAAAGGCUUUGCUGUCAUUCCGUCAUCGACUAAACGUGAAAACUUAAUCGCCAACUUAAAAGCACAAGAGAUUCAGUUAUCUGCUGAAGAAAUGCAAUUAAUCGCACAAUUGGAACGUAAUGGCCGUGAGGUUGAUCCUGAAAACUUAGCACCUCAGUGGGAUGUUUAA